ACGUACGUUGAAACCAUGAGCGCCAUCGACAUCAUCACUGGGGCCAAGUACGCGUUGACGGGGUGUGCCGCGGUGGCCACGGUGGAGAAUCUCUUGGUGUUAGUGGUGUUUGCUUGUACCAGCCGUCUCAGAAUGAAGUACUACGGCUUCCUCAUCAACCUGACGCUGGCUGACUUGUUCUACGCCGUCAUGGCCAUCGCAUUCACUUGGGGAGGAUCUGAAAUACUCUUCUCUAUCUUCAUCUCAGGCUACUUCGUCGGCGUUUGGACGAUCCUUGCCGAAGGCAUCAACCGCUACCUGGCAGUGUCCUUUGUGGACACUGCUCGCUACGACGUGUUGGUCACCAGGAACCGCUUGGUGGCAGUUUGCGUUCUCAUUUGGGUCGUCUCAGUCGCGGUCCACAUCCUGCUGGCUGUCCUGCCGGACUCUGACUUUGAAUCCCUCUUUGACGGAGUGAUCAAGCCCCUGACUGUGUUCAUCUUUUGGCUGAUAACCGCCGGUCUUUACAUCGUCGUUUUCCGUAAGAUCAAGGGUUAUACUACUCCUCUCGCAUCCAGCCCGCCAUUGCAAGCUUCAUGCAUCGAGGAUCAGGUCCGCACCCGAGUGCGUCAGACCCGCCGCUUGCUGGUCACUUUCACUCUGAUUCUAAUCACGUCAUUCAUCUGCUGGAUGCCGUUUAGCGUGAUGCAGGUGGUGGCCCACCUUCACAGAGAUUUGGAGUAUCAAGAUGCGGUCUUCUGGAUCACUGCAACGGUCUACUGCCUGGCCCCGAUGAUCAACCCUUGGAUCUACUGGAUGCGACUGGAUGGUUUCAGAGAGGGCUCCCGCCACAUUUUCUGUGGGUGUUUCAAUCGGGAGUUCCUUCCAGUGGAUGAAACUGUCUCAGAAACUGGCCUGUAAAGAAACAUUUGUGGCAUAGGCCUACGUAGAACAUGCAAAUACAGCAUGGUUUGAUGGGGAAAAGUGGGAAUUACUGGUUCCGAGCCAGUGUAGGUCAGCUUCGCGUCGGGAGGUAAUCCAGCUGACCUACACAGUAAUUCCAACUA